AAGAUUACUCUCUUUACAUUGCCCAACUCAUAAUCCUCUGCUUGCAAUGCAUGGACAACAUCAGUGGCUCAACAGGUAGAAUGAUGACUAUGAGGAUCGCGGUUGCAGCCUUGAUGCUUCUCUUCCCAACAUUCCAGUGUGUGCUUCAAGACGAUGGGCCGUUCAUACUCACUAACAAGGCCACUGGAUUUUGUUUGGCGAAAAGGUCAUCCCGCUGUCUAGACAUGCGUUGGACGACUGGUGGACGGCUUUUCGUUCCCUCAUCCAAAAAGUGCCUGGGAGCCCAGGGGAAAACUGUGGGCAGCGAAGUCAACUUCUAUGACUGUGAUGACAAGAGCGAUCUCCAAAAGUGGGAAUGCCGGAAUGAGACGCUGCUCGCCCUCAAAGGGCAACAGCUCUACAUUGAAAUCAAAUCCGAUGAGACGGUCGCUCUCACCAAAACGGUUGGGCCCAGCAACUACCUCACAAUCACGGGGACGGGAAGCGGCGCUUGUACAAGAACGUACAGAGAGUUUUACACUAUUGAAGGGAAUGCGUUUGGAAAGCUCUGCAUGUUUCCUUUCCUCUACAAAGACCGGUGGUUUUCAGACUGCACGACGUUUGAUCAUUCAGGAAGGCGUCAGUGGUGUGCAGUUGAAACAAAAUAUGAGCGGGAACUCUGGGGUUACUGCCCAUCUACUUCUACAGAACACUGGAGGAGAAACCCUGUAACAGGAGCGGUUUUCCAGGUGAACACACAGUCAGCCCUGACGUGGUCGCAAGCAGAUACCAGCUGCAAGCAGCAGGGGUCCACCCUGGUCAGCGUCAGUGAUCCCCACGAGCAGGCCUUUGUGACAGCACUUUUGGGAUCAGAGAAAUACAAACUUUGGAUUGGCCUUGUACUGAACCAAGAAAGCGGUUGGCAUUGGACUGAUGGGAAGCCGUACCGUUACUUGAGGUGGAAUUCUGGAAACCCACUUCCAAACCCAGGACAUAACUGUGCCCUGCUUGAUUCAUCGGUGCAAUAUACGUGGCAAAGCUCAAGCUGUGCCAAGAAGCUUGGCUACAUCUGCUACAAAGAUGGAGCACCACCACCUCAGAUUCCAGUUGAAACUGGAUUUUGUCCAAGUCCCUGGAUUCCUUACAACGGCCACUGCUUCCAUCUUCACCGUACAAAGAAAAGUUGGUCUGAAGCUCAGAGAGAAUGCCGUAAAGAAGGAGGAGACCUCGUGAGCAUCCGAAAUGUGGAGGACCAGAGCUUUGUCAUCUCCCAGCUGGGAUAUGGGCCUACUGAUGAGUUGUGGAUUGGUCUGAAUGACAUAAAGACAGAAGGGCUGUUUGAGUGGAGCGAUCACUCUACCGUCAGCUUCACAAGCUGGAUGUACGGAGAACCCACCGUCUCCAUGGACACAGAGGACUGUGUUGUCAUCAAGGGACAGAAUGGGAACUGGGCCGACCGUGCAUGUGAUGAGAAAUUAGGCUUCAUCUGUAUGAAAAUGAGUGAGACACAACGUCCUGCAGAGGAAGUACAGCUGGACAUCGGAUGUCAAAGUGGCUGGAAAAGGCACGGAUCCUACUGCUACUUUGUAGGAUCGGAGACAAAGACCUUUGAUGAAGCUAACGAAGCCUGCAAGAGUUCAGAUUCAUAUAUGGCUGAUGUUCAAAGCGGGGUGGAUAAUGCGUUCCUUGUAAGCUUGGUGGGAAUAAGACCAGAAAAGUAUUUCUGGCUCGGGCUCUCGAACCAGAAAAACAUUGAUAGUUUUGAGUGGACCAACACGGCUACUGUGAAGUUUACGCACUGGAAUGCUCAAAUGCCAGGUUACCAGCAGGGAUGUGUGGCCAUGACAACUGGUAUUUUUGCCGGCCUCUGGGAUCUUCUGCCCUGCACCAAUAAGGAGAAAUACAUCUGCAAGCAACUGGCACAGGGAGCGGUUUUAACUGAAGCACCACCGACUGUUACUCCACCUCAAUGCGCUGAUGGAUGGUUUCGUGUGGGAACACGAAACUACUGCAGUAAGUUCUUCACAGGGCCACGUUCAUCUGAGAAGACCUGGUUUGAAGCCAGAGAUUACUGCAGGGCAAUUGGAGGUGAUCUGCUUAGCAUCCACAGCAAAUCAGAGCUACAGACUGGACGGCAUGGGAAAGCUUGGAUAGGACUUCGUGUUUCUGACUCAAACUCUGGUUAUACUUGGAGCGAUGGAACCCCACUAAAUUUCCAGCACUGGCAGGAAGGGGAGCCUAACAAUUUUAAUAACGCAGAAUCUUGUGUUGAGUUCAGGAUGUAUCACUGGGAUGAAAGCGGCUCUUGGAAUGACGUACACUGUGAGAGUUACAAUGACUGGCUCUGUCAGAUCCGUGCAGGAGUGACUCCAAAGCCACCUCCAAAUAACACUGCAACGGAACACAAUAUGACAUCCGAUGGCUGGUAUGUGUGGAGGGGAAAUCAGUAUUAUAUCAACACCAUGUCAAUGGCAGCGGAGGAUGCGCGCCACUACUGCCAACAGAAACAUGGCGACUUGGUUGUCAUUAACAGUGAAGCUGAAAGUGUCUUUCUGUGGAAACUGAUAUCCAGAAACUACGGGAUGUAUUACAUAGGUUUGAAGGUGGAUUAUGAUCGAUCACUCUGGUGGAUGGAUGGAUCUUCAGUGGUAUUUCGGAGAUGGGAUGAAAAUCAGCCAGAUUUUACCAGCUAUGAUGAAAACUGUGUUGCUAUGACUUACUAUAUGGGUUUCUGGUCAAACUAUAAUUGUGGUAAAGAAUGUCAAUCCAUCUGUAAACGCAGUAUGUCAGCGCCUGUCAACACAACUGCAGCCCCCACAGUGCCCCCUAAAGGCGGUUGCCCUCUGGCAUGGAAAAAGUUUGAUUCAAAGUGUUACAACUUUGUGACGAACCGGAAGACCACCUGGGAGGAUGCAAGAGCGCAAUGCAUUUCCAUAGGAGGGACUUUAGUCUCCAUUACUUCGAGGCGCAUUCAAACAUUUUUGAUUGCUCAGUUGGCGGAGGCAGCCAGUACAAACUUGUGGAUUGGUUUGAACAGUAUCAAAGGCGAAGGCUUUUACUGGAGUGAUGGAAAACAACGGAAGUACACCAACUGGGGCAAUUCUGGAAAUCGACGCUACCAAGGAAGCUUUUAUCAAAGAUGGAAUGAGGAACAAUGUGUUUUGGUGACCAACAAUCCUUUGCUUGGCAUUGGCAAAUGGAUAAUAAAGUCCUGCAAUGACACCAAUGGAUUUAUUUGUCAUCGAAAUGUUGACCCAAGCUUUCCACUGCGGCAAGACCCCCUUGUUCCCAACACGUACGUUGCUCUGGCAAAUGACUCUAUAAAGGCUGUGACUCAAAACCUGACCUGGGCUGAUGCCAAGAAGUAUUGUGAAGGUGACAAGGCCAAAAUGGCCAGCUUACGGAAUGAGUGGACGCAGGCCUAUGUCGAGCUCCUGGCUAUGAAUCUCAAAACACCGUUGUGGAUUGGGCUGAACAAAGCUGAGACUCAAGGUUAUUUUAAGUAUGUUGAUGGCUGGCACAUGACCAUCGCCAACUGGGCUGAAAGAGAACCCACCCAGAAUCAACCAUGUGUAUAUGUGGAUGUGGAUGGGAUGUGGAAAACAGCCUUCUGCAACCAGACAAUGAACAGUGUUUGUAUGAUGUCAACAGAUGUACCACCAACAGAAUCAACCAUUUUCCCAGGAAUUUGCCCUGAAGAGGUGGAAAUGAGAUACCUAAACAAAUUUUCUUGGAUUCCAUUUAGAGGCUACUGUUAUUUAUUCGUCACAGAUGAAAUCGAAUGGGCAGACUCAGCAAGUAACUGUGUCAUACACGGUGGAGUCCUGACCAGCAUAGAAGAUCCUUCUGAACAAGAUUUUAUUCAAGGCAACGUGAAGGUAUUUCAAGAUAGCCAAACAGCUUUUUGGAUUGGACUGUAUAAGACCCAUAAAGGACAGUGGUUAUGGUUAGAUAAAACAGUCAUGGGCUAUUCCAACUGGGAUCCAGAUGAGGUUGAUGACGACGACAUGUACGGACAGAUUUCAUCUUCAAAUGGCGUCUGGAGGACCGGCCGCCGCUGGCAUGAUAGAGGAUACAUUUGCAAGGCCCCCAAAGUGAUUCCUGACGUUUCGUUGACAAGAACAGACAAACAGAUAGAGGAAUCCCUCCGCCGCCGCCUCCACACGAGCUUGACAGUUGUCCUGGUCAUCACUGCCAUUUCCACACUGGCAGUUGUCGCAUUCUUCAUCUACAAGAGGCCUCAUCCUCUUUUAUCCACCUUUGACAACCCCCUCUACUUUGACAGUGAGCGAUCGCAACCAGAUGUAGUUGAUACCAACAAGUUAAUAGAGAAGGCAGACGAAGUGAACCCCGAGCCAAUUAUAACUCUGUAAUGUAAAAACAACAACAACAACAACAACAAAAACAGACUGUUGUGGAACAUGCCCAAUACACCAGACUGACAAAGAAACUCUCGUGGGCCGGAGUCAGUCAGUUGAAGUUAUGAUGACGUCCUUAUCUUGUGUCAGUGCUUGAUAUAUACUUCUUUGUUUUGAUCUAUGUCAAAUAUGCCGGAAGAUUAAAAAAAAAAGUUUUUCAUCUUCAUAUGACCUGAUAUAUAGGGCCUGAUUUACAAAAGGUUUGCAUGUGUUUAAAUGUCCACAGACACCAUAGUACCUGCAAAAAACCCGGCCUGCUGAUUUGCCAACAGUGCACUGAGGAUUGCCUCUUUCAAAUGCACAACAUAGCACGUAUUGUCCAUUUAACAUGCAGUUUGAGGUUUGUCCACCCAAGUCUACAAAAUUGUGGGAGGGAACAUGCAAAUUGGUAGAAUUUGCACACACAUAACAAUUUAUCAAGGUCCUCAUCCACACAAU